GCCUGCUUCUACGCCGCGCGCGUGCUCGAGGCGCUCGCGCACCUCCACGAGCGACGGAUCGUCUACGGGGACGUCAAGCCGGAGAACGUGCUGCUCCUCGGAACACAUGGCCGGCCCGUGCUCUGCGACUUCGACCGCGCCCGCGACGAGCGCGAGCCGCGGCCGCGCCCGGGCGGCAGCCCGGAGUACGCGCCGCCGGAGCUCCUCGACGCGGGCGCUUCCGGGCCCGCGGGCGACGUGUACCAGCUCGGCGUGCUGCUCUACGAGCUCCUCGCGGGGGCGACGCCCUUC